CUCCGCCCCAAGGGUGAGGCCACACCUACCUGGCCCUUGAGGGGUUUACGUGUGGCUCAGCAGGGCUGCCGCAGGGGAAGCUGGGCCAAGAUGGCGUCAGUGAGGAGGGCGCUACCUCGGAGACUGGUGGGCUUGACGUUCCUCCGGGCCGUCAGCACCUCAUCUCUGGGUACAGUCCCAAAGCAGGUGAAAAUUGUUGAAGUUGGACCCCGAGACGGACUACAGAAUGAAAAGAAUAUCGUACCUACACCCAUGAAAAUCAAGCUGAUAAACAUGCUUUCUGAAGCAGGACUCCCCGUUAUAGAAGCCACCAGCUUUGUGUCACCCAAGUGGGUUCCCCAGAUGGCUGACCACUCUGAAGUGUUAAUGGGCAUCCAGAAAUUUCCUGGCAUCAACUACCCAGUCCUGACCCCAAAUUUCAAAGGCUUCCAGGCAGCGGUUGCUGCUGGAGCCAAGGAAGUAGCCGUCUUUGGAGCUGCCUCGGAGCUGUUCAGCCAAAGGAAUGUCAAUUGCUCCAUAGAAGAGAGUUUGCAGCGGUGUGACGACAUCUUGAAAGCCGCCCGGACAGCGAGCAUUGCUGUGCGGGGGUAUGUUUCCUGUGCACUUGGAUGCCCCUAUGAAGGGAAGAUCUCCCCGGCUAAAGUGGCUGAGGUCACCAAGAAGUUGUACUCAAUGGGCUGCUAUGAGAUCUCCCUGGGGGACACAAUCGGCAUGGGCACCCCUGGGAUCAUGAAGGACAUGCUAUCUGCUGUCAUGCAUGAGGUGCCAGUAUCUUCCCUGGCUGUCCACUGCCAUGAUACCUACGGCCAGGCCCUGGCUAACACCUUGAUGGCCCUGCAGAUGGGAGUGAGUGUCGUGGACUCUUCUGUGUCAGGACUUGGAGGCUGUCCCUAUGCAGAGGGGGCAUCAGGAAACUUGGCCACUGAGGACCUUGUCUACAUGCUGUCUGGCUUGGGCAUUCACACGGGUGUGAACCUCCAGAAGCUCCUGGAAGCUGGGACCUUUAUCUGUCAAGCCCUGAACAGAAAAACCAGCUCCAAAGUGGCUCAGGCUACCUGUAAAUUGCAAGGUGCAUACAAACCAUUACCGGCAGUUGCGGAGGAGCGGGGUACGGUGCGUGAUGGUUGAGCUCAGUCGGCACUGGAAUUCCUAUUUAGUUUCAGACGUUCCUCC